AUGGGGAUUUACCUGGCUGCCCUCCUGGGCAACGGCCUCAUCAGCACAGCCGUAGCCUGCCACCACCGCCUGCACACCCCCAUGUACUUCUUCCUCCUCAACCUCGCCCUCCUCGACCUGGGCUGCAUCUCCACCACUCUCCCCAAAGCCAUGGCCAAUGCCCUCUGGGACACCAGGCACAUCUCCUACUCAGGAUGCAUUGCCCAGACCCUUCUGUUUGUCUUUCUCAUCUUAGCAGAGUAUUGUAUUCUCACUAUCAUGUCCUAUGACCGCUACGUUGCCAUCUGCAAGCCGCUGCACUACGGGACCUUGAUGGACAGCAGAGCUUGUGCCACCAUGGCAGCAGCUACCUGGGGCACUGGGGCUCUCUUUGCUGUGCUGCACACUGCCAACACUUUUUCUCAGCCACUGUGCCAAGGCAAUGCUGUGGAUCAGUUCUUCUGUGAAGUCUCCCAUAUCCUCAAGCUCUCCUGCUCAGAAUCAGACUACCUCAGGGAAACUGUAUUUACUGUUAUACUGUAUAUAUUGUAAACUGUAUUUAUUGUUGUAUUUAGUGUUCUUGCCGUAUUUGUCUGUUUUGUGUUUAUUGUUUUGUCCUAUGUGCAGGUCUUCAGAGCUGUGCUGAGGAUGCCCUCUGAGCAGGGACGGCACAAAGCCUUCUCCACGUGCCUCCCUUACCUGGCCGUUGUCUCCCUCUUUCUCAGCACUGGACUGGCACCAUUUAUGGAUCUGUUGGUUUCAUUUCUGUACUCGGUGGUGCCCCCAACACUGAACCCCCUCAUCUACAGCAUGAGGAACCAGGAGAUCAAGGAUGCAGUGAGGAAAAUGAUGUCAUGGUCACAUUUCAGCAGGGAUAAACUUCUCACCUGUGAUGGGGGAGAAAACACAUCUCAACGAUUCCUGGGUUGA